CAGUUUACGGCGACGUCACCGACCGGAAGUGAACGAAACCGUCGCGCUAAACACGCAACGCAGAGGGUCACAUUGGACACACAUCAAUGUUUCACAAUAAUAAAACAAUCUAAUCACUAAUAACAGUAACAGAGGUGUAAAUGGAUCCGUCUAAAGCAGAGGAGCCGCAGCUGAGACACGUGGAGAAAGAUGUGCUGAUUCCGAAGUUGAUGCGGGAGAAAGCCAAAGAGAGAUGCGCUCAACAUGUGGACGCGUUCAAUCGCUGCUGUAAGGACACGGGCUUCUUCAUGGUGUUCAAGUGUCAAGAGGAGAACGGCGCUCUGAAAGAGUGUCUGACGCGACAUUAUCAGGAUCCGGCGUUCUUCGAAGAGUGCAAGCAGGAGUAUCUCAGAGAGAAACACGAAUACGAACAGACCGGCAUUCCCGCCAAGAACAGGAAGCAGAAGCUUCCCACCAGCAUGUAGAUGGACGUGAUGAAGAACACUGCAGCGAGGAUGAUGAUGAUGAUGAUGAUGGUGAUGAUGGACCAUGAAAAUAAUUUCUGGCCGUUUUUGGAGACGCUGUUGUCUCUGAUGGACGUUCUCUGUGUCUGUUGGUUUAUAUUCAUGAUUAGCUCUUAUAAAUCAUCUCUUGCACCUAAAGCCUAAUAAAAAUUCAUAGAGAAUGUAUUUGAAUCACA